AUGGCUAACUCGGCGACGGCGACGGCGAGGUCGGGAUCAAGACCUAAUUAUGGUUCUUUCUCUUCGCCGUCUGCAGCGGACUCUCAUUCAGAUUCAGGCUCGUCGACAUUGUCCAGAGACUCCAUGGAAUCUACACACACUGCUUCAAGGCCCCAGUUUAGCAGGAUAAGAACCCAUCAGUCGAUAGUUCGCGACCGCAGCUCGAUGAAUAGUGUAGACGGACAAUGUGCGCCAGGGGCUGGAGGCGCUACACCAGCUGCAGCUGAUGGCACCGGCCAUACCACCAAUAAUAAUAAUAAUAAUAAUAAUAACAGCAUCGUCAACGGUGGCACAAUACCCCGGCAGAGAGGGAACUCAUACUCGUCUCAGCGAAAGGGGAGCAUACGCCAGGACCAGCCACGCUCGCUAUACCGGCGCAUGCUCGAUAAGUACGGUAGCUUGGAGCUGGAUAAUAAAGGCAGUGUUGCCAGAGACCACCUCGCACUAGGCAUAGCCGUCACCCAGCUCUUCCGUCUCAACACCGCCAUCCAGCAAGCAGAUCCCUCUCAGAACAGUCCCAGCAGCCCGUCCUCGCUCCUCUCAGAGCAGUACAGAGAAACCUCCAAGGGCCUCUACUUCACCAUCACGAGUAACGGCAGCCAACUGCGUGGCCUCGGCAAGCCUCUGGGUGCCACAUUCAUUGGAGUCGCCAUACUUGUCCUCUUCAUCGGUUUCCAUCGCUACUUUGAGAGUCAGUACUGGGUGGUCAGGGGGAAGUUCCCUGCCAGCCGUGGAAGCAUCGCCUUGACUGCCUUUAUCACCGCAUCUCUGAUGGUCAGCAGUUUGGUCAUCAUCCUUACUAUAUCGCCAGGCGCGAUGGAGUCAUAG